AUUUUCAUAGCCAUGUUGGGGUGGAAACAACACGACUAGAUGCUCAUUCUGAAAUGGGGAACACUGAAAUUCUGGAAAAGGAGACUUCAGAGAGUCUCAGUAACGGCACCAACAGCAAUGUGGAAGCAGCCAAAAGACUGGCCAAACGCCUGUACCAUCUAGACAGAUUCAAAAGAUCGGACGUCGCGAAACAUCUAGGCAAGAACAAUGAAUUCAGCAAACUAGUUGCAGAGGAGUAUCUGAAGUUCUUUGAUUUUACAGGGAUGACUGUGGAUCAGUCUCUCAGGUAAGAUGAAACGUCACCUCUGUUCUUCAUCACCUGCAAA